GGUUACGAGUAUCUCCAUUACUGAACAAUCAAGAAUAGUGUUAGUGGGCAAAGAAGGUGGAUAAAAUCCAAGCAGAUUCCCUUGGAUACCAGGAGAUACUCAAGAGUGGACGAUGCAUCAGGGUCGCCUACGUUUACGACCAUGGCUGGAAGAGCAGAUAAAAUCUGGCAGAUACCCCGGAGUCAUAUGGUUGGAUGAAACUGCCAAGGUCUUCCAGAUUCCAUGGAAGCAUGCAGCUCGACACGGUUGGAAUAUAGACAAGGACGCCACUUUGUUCCGAAACUGGGCAAUCCAUACAGGGCGAUACAAACCUGGUGUAGACAAACCUGAUCCCAAGACGUGGAAAGCCAACUUCCGCUGUGCCCUCAAUUCUCUGCCAGAUGUCCAAGAGCUUCGAGACAAAAGCAUCAAGAAAGGGCACAAUGCUUACAGGGUCUACAUCCUACUGCCCAACAGCAAAGCACCAAAGAGAAGGAAAGGCAAAAGUUUAGAUCCAGAUGCCACCAGAGUUCAUUUGCCUGCAUUGCUGCCACACACCAAUGCACCUCUACAGAGGUUUACAGAGGCCUUCUGGAAGUACAAGGAUAGCACAGGACUUGCUCCUGAAGUACACACCAAAAACAGCUUCGCCGCAUUGUCAUCGGUGAAAGAAGAGUGGUCACCUAAUGGCUAUGGUGAAAACCUUUGCAUUGUACUUAGAAUUGUGACCUCUUCAACAGAAACCCAAGCAAAUGCGAUGGAGGACCAUGAGCAAACAGAAGCGGUGCUAAAGAUAGUUGAUCAUCUACAGAACACAGAACAUUGGAGUCCUUUGUAUGAACAUGAACGAAGUUGGAGACCAACAAGUUCCUGGAUGGAAUGUCUUUAUGAAACAGCGGAUUGUUCAAGCUAUCAUUUACAGACAGACUCUUACAAUCAUGGGAUCACAAGUCAAUUUGUCUGAGAUGAUGAGCAAGAUAGAAGUUUGACCCAACACCCUUCCCAGCUCUAGAGCUAGUGUCUACAAUAUAUCACAAGCAUGACAAAGUGCAAUUAGAAGAAGAACAACCACUGGACAUUCCUACUGAUCAUGUAACAAGCUCCACAUGACUGACUGAGUAUUAAGAAUGUUGCAUGAUAUGAAGCUAUAACUGUUAGGAUUAUGACAUUUACAAUCUGGGAAAUAUGUAUCAGACCCUGCAGGCUAUGUUUGGUACUCAUGGAGAAACAUCAUAAUCAGGUGUUUUUGGGAUUAACUGGGAUUGGCAGCAGCUCAUUUAGUACAUGAUCUUUCAUGUCAUCAACAUGAUAAUCAAAGACUGCUGUUAUAUUAAAAUUCUGG